CUCUUCAUAUCCUAUCAGUGACCACGUUUCUUUCGCUGUCGGGCUCUUCCUCCGAUUCGUACGCUCGGGAUAAUCAAACGGACGAGCAACAGGCUAGCGAGACAAGAUGAUGCUGGUGCCACUGGCCGUGGUGCUGUUCGCGGCGUUCGCCCUCGCAGAGCCCGCCAUCAACGAAAUUCGGCCACAAAGCAACAGACCAGGAAGAUUCCUCUCGCUGCCAAUCCCGCAAAAAUGCGCGAACCGGCCGAAGGAGUUUAAUUACAGAGGCCACAACUAUUUCUACAGCGGUCACAUUCCCGCUCACGCUAACCAGAGGGUGGACUGGUUGGAUGCCAGAAACAUUUGCAGGGAAUACUGCAUGGAUCUUGUGUCGAUUGAGACACAGGAUGAGAAUAACUUAAUCUACAGACUUAUUCAGCAGAACGAUGUUCCCUAUAUUUGGACGUCCGGACGUAUCUGCGACUUCAAGGGCUGCGAAAACCGCCGUGACCUCGAGCCAAAGUCGCUCUAUGGCUGGUUCUGGUCCGCGAACCGGAAGAAGAUGGCGCCCACACACCAAAUCCCGGAUGGCUGGAACUUCAACCCGUGGUCCCAGACCGGACACAAGAAGGUUAGGCAACCGGACAACGCGGAGUUCGAUAUUAAUGGUACCAACGAGUCCUGCAUGUCCGUUCUGAACAACGUCUACAAGGAUGGCAUCAGCUGGCACGACGUGGCUUGCUAUCACCAGAAACCUUUCGUCUGCGAGGACUCCGAGGAGCUUUUGAACUACAUAGCCAGCACCAACCCAAGCCUCCGCCUUUAAAAACCAAGUUCUGAGUAAACAAGUUCACGUCAUCAGCACCUGCCCUAUUCGUCUCUGCAAGUUAGGCGAGACAACAGCCAAAAAAAAAGGAAUGGAAACGAGAACCGUUGUCAGAAAUUUCCACUACAAUAAAUAACUAUUUAAGCGCGAAUUGGUUUGCUGUUGUUUUUAACCCUCUGGGACACAUGGUAUUAAAUGGCAACCCUUGAUCCGAAUUUAUUAAUUAUUUCUUAACUGUUUACAUAUUGAUUGCUCGUCCUGCAUUGGUGGGGAAGAGUAAUUGAUAGUUGGUAAGCAUCGAACAGAAGAUGAUUUUGUUAAAUUCUUGAAGAAAUGAAUGAAACUGUGGCUUAGGGGGUUAAGAAUUUGUUAUUCUAUCUGGUUCGUCAGGCUUUUGCUAGUAAGGACUAUGUAAGAUACAAGAAAGUAAUGACACAGACAAUGGAUUAUUCACUGUCUCCCCUAAUUGUAAACAAUACACUAAAUUUUUGUCUCAAACACACAAAGAAUAUUAUGUAUAGUAUGAACGAAUAACAUGUUUACCAAUGUAAUGUUAGAGUAUUUAUUUGUAUUCAAUAACCUGAAAGAAUAAAAACUGGAACGGAAGAUUCAGAUUAGGGAAGAACGUCUCGCCGUUACAUAACAUAUUAUAUGUCCCACAAUUCAGGAUUACUUUCAUAAUGUACCUAUUUCGUUAUUAAAACGUCCAUUAAGGUGUAAACGUAUUUAUUAAUAGAAAUUCGGCUGAUAAUUUGUACACAAUUACGAAUAAACUUUAGGUCAUAAAUAA